CGUUACUGUCACUUUCUGAAACCGAUUUUAGUUCUUUCAGAAGGCAGAGUAAAAGUUUUUAUAAAUUUGUGACAAAGUAACUAGAUCUUCAACAAUAAUUUUUUAAUUGUCUCCUUAAGAAAUAACGGGAUAGCCAUAGAAUUAAUGAAAAUUAUGGCAUAGUUGAGCCGACUGAUUUGAAAUGGAAAGUGGUCUUCUCCCAACAAGAAGUGAUAUCAUCAUUUGGGAAUACUUGGAAUAUCUAAACUUCAGCAAAUGCCAUUGAAAAAACUUAUGUUAUUAUACUCCAUUUAGGAUCAAAUAACAAAUUUUGAUUCGCCAUGAAGAAACAAUUUUUUCGUGUAAAACAGCUUGCUGAUCAAACAUUUCUUAAAGCUGAAAAAUCAAAAACCUUAAGUGAUGAGGAACUGCAAAUAGCUGAUCAUAAGGUGGAGUAUUUGCGGAGUGCUUUGCUAGCAAUAAAUAAAAAGUUACCUCCUAGUGGACCCAAUAUUGAUGUUGACAAAAGAGCUAAAAAAUGCUUGGAAUACCAGCUUGGUUCUAUUUUCUUGGAGCAGUGCUAUAAAAAGAAAGAAAAUGAAAUAUUUGAUGGCUAUGCAGAAUGUAAGCUCUUUCAGGAUAUAGUAAGGGAAGCAGGCAGUAUAGAACAACAAUUAGCUAAGGAGUAUGCAGAACAUGAAAUAAAAGUAGAAGAUCUGAUUAGCAUUCCAAUUCAGAAAUUAAUGGAUACUGAAUUUCCAAGUAUUCUGAAACAUAAAAGGAACUUAUCCAAGUAUUCUUUAGAUAAAGAUUCAACUAAUAGUCGAUAUCAGGCUACCAAAAAGGAAACAUUGAGGGAUGAAUUGGAGGAGGCAGAUGUGAAAGUAGAACAAUGUCGAGAUGCCCUUGCUAUUGAAAUGUUCAAUCUUUUAGCAAAGGAGAAUGAAUUUGCAUCAUACAUAUUACAGCUUCUCAAGCUUCAGAGAGGAUAUCAUGAAAGUGCCUUGAAUAACUUGCAGAAUGUCAUACCUGUUUUAGAAAAAAAAAUUGGUCACAGUUCUGUGAAGAGAGUGUUCGGAAUACCUCUCAAAGAGCAUUUGUCAGUAACAGGGAAACGUAUAGCUUAUCCUUUAGAGAUCUGCGUUACAUCAUUAAUGGAAAUUGGUAUGUAUGAAGAAGGCCUCUUCAGACUCACUGGUAGCAUGACGAAAGUGAAAAGAUUCAAAGCUUCAAUAGACUCUGGAUGUUUUUGUGAAAUAAUCCCUGAAUAUCGUGACGUCCAUGUGAUUGCCAGUGUUUUAAAAUUAUACCUUAGAGAAUUACCAGAACCACUCUUAACUUAUAGUCUAUAUAAUGAGUGGAUGCUCAUUAUGAAUCAACCAGAAAACCAAAGGGUAGAUUACGUUAAAAAAAUUCUCAAUAAGUUACCUAAGGAGAAUAUGGAAAAUUUGACAUACCUCAUUCAAUUUCUUGCAAAACUGUCUCAUAAUACUGUAAAUAAAAUGAGUUCUUCAAAUAUUGCCAUUGUAAUGUCUCCAAAUUUAUUAUGGGGUCAAAACGAUGAUGCAAAUCUGAGCAUGGGAAAUUGUGCCACCACCAAUAUCCUUGUGGAGUUAUUCAUUAAAGAGGUGGAUUCAUUGUUUACUGAGAAUGUUUCGCAACUUGUCACUCCCUUGAAUCUAUUCAUUGAAGACGAAAAAUCUAUAAGAACAGAUAAUGAACAUCACAAUGACUUGAACACAAGCUCAGAAAGUAUUUUAAUCACAGAUAGUCCUAGACCUAGCACAAGGAAGAAGAAAGCAGCACCUAUCCCUCCAGGAUCCACUUCCAAAACUGAUAAUGAUCUCCCAACAGACCGUGCAUCCUUGUCGUCUUCAUACCCUUCAGGAAGUGCAACUUUGUCUAGGAAACCAAAGGAGACUAAAUCAAAAACUUCAGUUGGUACCAACACAGAAGUAUUGAAUUUAUCUCGAAGAGCUAGUUUCCACCAAGAUGAUAAGAAAAAUAUGAAAAACAGUCAAGAAUGUAGAGAAUCCUUACUAGUCAACAAUGUAGAACAUAAAAUUGUUGCAAUGCCCAAUGCAAAUAUACAUGUUUCCAAAGCUGAAUGUGUUCAAGCUCCUAUACUACAAGUUGCAAAUGAAGAUAAGAGGUACAAGACAACCAUCACACAUACAGUGAACAACCCAAGUGAUAAACCAGUAGCAGCUCCUAGAAGUUUCAUAGAUACCAGUGAAAGAAAUACUAAUGUAAGUCGAACUUCCUCAGUGCGCAGCUCAAGUCGGAAUGACUCAAUUUCGGAGGAAGUCCAACUUCGGAGACCAGAAGUGGUUAAACCCGAAAUUCCUGCUCGUCCAGCAUCGUUGCAACAGAAACGGUCCUCUUUUGAAAUGACAGUUGAUCCUACCUUACAAAAAACUCAGUGUUCCGUUUAUUCAGUCGCACAUAAGCAGCAACCAAGUUAUGUAAAUAUUCACAGUAGGGGUGAAAAAUUUCAGUUGGGUCAUGAUAGUCAAAUAGAAGAAAAAGAAAAGUUUUUGGGGCAUCAGCCAACUGAUAAAGAGACAAGGACUCCUUUGCCUAGAACGAAGUUGCCAGAAUUCACCUCAGAAAAGCCUCCAAGUGGAGCAUCUGAGAAGAAUUCUGCAAAUCUUAGUAUAUCUGAAAAAUUUUUGAAUAAUGAGAGGCAGUUGAAGACUCCCGAUAAAGCAUUAGAAAAAACUCCUGAAAAACUCAUUACUGCACUAGAGAAAGAUAGUUUAGAAUCUGAAACAAACAAUUCCCAGAAGGUAGCUGAAGUUAAACAAAAAUCCCUUUCUAUUAUUGCCCAAAGAAGUUCAAUGUUUAUAGAAAGGCCUUCUAGUUUACCAGAAAAGCCAUGUCUUCCUCCUAAAAGCCUUUCAAAGUCAAUGGUGGACAAAUCAAACAAUAAGAGCAGUGAUAAAUUGAAAUCAGUAAAAUCAAAUGAGAAACUGAAUGAAAUUUCCAAUGGUAGUGAUCAAAGAAAAUCUAGUCACAAUAGGACGCGGUCUGAUGGUAAUCUAAUUGAUUUGAAAGGGGAAUCGCUGCUUCCUUCUUUAACACCUUCCUCCUCUCGUGGUUUGAGUAAGCCUACUCAGCCUCCGCCACCCCCUCCAAUUCAAGUGAAGAAAGCAGAUGGUGAUAGUACUGAUUUGUAAAUUUGUAUGUAUUUUAUAGAAUGUUUUUGUCCAGUGAUAAUCCUAAUUAAAGAUUGAUGCUGAGAAGCUUUUUAAGCAAAUAAUUGCAAGGAUUUUAGAAAUGUUACCACUAUGUCUUGUAUCUUUGCUAAUUUUCAUUUUUAUACAGACUAAACUGAGAAAAAUGAUAACAGACCUCAGAUUAAUAAAACUUCAUUGUGCCAUAAAGACAUUAAAGAAACUAUAACACACAUCAGAUAUAAUAAAACUGCACUAUCAGACGAACGGAUUUUCAUUUGGAUUAGUUUGAACAAAUUUCAGAAAUUAAUUUCUCUUCACUGUACGAACUAGGUGCACCAUAACAUUCUGUGAUGUCUACUUGCAUUAAUCUCUCAGUUCUCAUGUUUGAAAUCAAUUUUUAUUUAUGUUUUUUGGCAUUAUCCCUAAAUUUUGAAAACUUUCCUAUUCAAACCAUUGGCAUACUUCCAUAUAAGUUUCUUGAAAAUUUUUGCAAUUAUUCUUUCUUUGUAUUAUUAUAAAAUUAUUGACAAUUAUCUGUGAGAGCAAUAUGCACAAAGUUGCUGCUGUGAAUUCUAACUGCGAAGUUUUUGAUUUAAAAUCUAAUUACUAUUUUAGAAAAGGGCUUUGUAAAUUUCGUACUAUAAAUAAGUCAAAUGAUAAGAAUGUUUAUGACUACAAACUAGAGAUAUAAUUCUUUGACAUAGACAAUUGUUGAAAAUUACUUUUGAAUGUUAUUAUUAUUGAAAUUUAUGACAGAUAUCUCCAAAACUAAUUUAUCCUAAGUUUCCAAGAAUAUAUAUUUUUAUUUCAUUGCUUGCUCUGUUGAUCCAAAGAUUGUAUUCUUAUACUUCAUUAUGAAACAAUAAACUUGUAUAUGUGAUAUGUUCAUUGCUCAUUUGUUUGUUUCAAGAAAGUCAUGACACAUUAAAAACGUUUUUUAUAAAAUUCAUUAUAGGGCAUUGAUUUUUUAUAUAUUUAUGAAAGUUUUAAUUUAAUAUAUUUUAAUAAAGAGAUAUAAUCUUUGGAAAUAAUAUUUUAUAUUUACGCAUUUACGCUUUAUUUCAAUUUUGAGUAAAAAAUAUAAAAAUAUUUUGAGAGAAAAGUGGUCAAUUUCUGUUCCUCUUCAAUGAAAGCUUUAUGUAUAAUAAAUUUUAUUCUUUCCA